GAGGCCAAAGGCCACAGGCCUGGUCAGGAGCUGAGCUGGAGUCACACCCAGGUGUCCCUUCCCAGGACCAUUGGGACUCAACAUGGAUUGUGACAGUGGUGUCACACCCCCAUAAGAUUGCCAAAGCAACACCCCCUUGGAGCCCGACCAGCUCCCCAGAGUCAUGUUCCACAAAGCACCACCCUCCAGGCCACCCCACUGGAAGGGACCAGGGGACCCCCGUCCAGCCUGUCCCCAGUAGGAAGCCGGCCCCUCCCCCCGUCACCACCCAGGCAGCCGCCUAUCAGUCAGGGACCAGAGGACUUGCCCCUGUGACCUGCACGUGGCUCCUUCCCCCAGCCCUGGGCCCAAUGAGGGGCUGGAGGAGGUGGCCCUGAGGCAGCAGGUCCCCACCCUGCUGGCCUCUACUGCCCAGUCUCCUCCUGGCCUCUGCACAGCGCUGGCCUCGACUCUCAGCCACACAUGUCCAGCCUCCAGGAGCUGUGCUCGGGCCUGGCCCUGCGACCCCUGCCAGAGAACCGGGGACGCUGGCCUGGGGUGCCCCACGCCCCCGUCAGGACCCCUGGCCUCAGCCCUGCAGAAGAGCAGCUGGCCCUGAGGAACGCCCUGCGCUACUUCCCACCCGACAUCCAGAAGCUGCUGGCCCCAGAGUUCGCCCAGGAGCUCCGGCUGUACGGGCACAUCUACAUGUACCGCUUCUGCCCCACCAUUCAGAUGAGGGCCUACCCUCUCCAGCAGUACCCCAGUCGGACAAGAGCGGCCGCCGCCAUCAUGCACAUGAUCAUGAACAACCUAGACCCCGCCGUGGCUCAGUAUCCCCAGGAGCUGGUCACCUAUGGAGGAAAUGGACAAGUGUUCAGCAACUGGGCUCAGUUCUGGCUGACCAUGUCCUACUUGUCCAAGAUGACAGAGGAUCAAACGCUGGUCAUGUACAGCGGACACCCUCUGGGCCUCUUCCCCAGCAGCCCUGGCGCCCCGAGGCUGGUCAUCACCAACGGCAUGGUCAUCCCCAACUAUUCCUCCAGGACAGAGUAUGAGAAGCUCUUUGCCCUGGGGGUCACCAUGUACGGCCAGAUGACAGCUGGCAGCUACUGCUACAUCGGCCCCCAGGGAAUCGUCCACGGCACCGUGCUGACGGUGCUCAAUGCCGGGCGUCGGUACCUGGGCGUCGAGGACCUGGCUGGGAAGGUCUUCGUCACCUCGGGGCUGGGCGGGAUGAGUGGGGCUCAGGCCAAGGCGGCCGUCAUCCUGGGCUGCAUCGCAGUGAUCGCAGAGGUUGAUAAAGCAGCUCUUGUCAAACGUCACCAGCAAGGCUGGCUAAUGGAAGUGACUGACAGCUUGGACCAGUGCAUCCAGAGGCUCAGGGAAGCGAGAAAAAAGAAGGAGGUGCUCAGCCUCGGUUACCAUGGCAACGUGGUGGAUCUCUGGGAGCGCCUGGUCCAUGAACUGGACACCACAGGGGACCUCCUGGUGGACCUAGGUUCGGACCAGACGUCUUGCCACAACCCCUUCAACGGCGGCUACUACCCGGUGCAGCUGGGCUUCACAGAGGCUCAGAGGCUCAUGGCCUCCAACCCUGCUGAGUUCAAAGGCUUGGUCCAGGAGAGCCUGAGGAGGCACGUCUCGGCCAUCAACCGUCUGGCCCAGGAGAACUUCUUCUUUUGGGACUAUGGCAACGCCUUCCUCCUAGAGGCUCAGCGAGCAGGAGCAGAUGUGGAGAAGAAAGGGGCCAAUAAGACGGAAUUUCGCUACCCCUCCUACGUCCAGCACAUUAUGGGGGACAUAUUCUCCCAGGGAUUCGGGCCUUUCCGCUGGGUCUGCACAUCCGGGGACCCUGAGGACCUAGCUGUCACGGACCAGCUAGCCACAUCUGUGCUGGAGAAGGCCAUCGCUGAGGGAGCAACGACGGAGUCUGUGAAACUACAAUAUAUGGACAAUGUCCGCUGGAUCCGCGAGGCGGCCAAGCACCACCUGGUGGUGGGCUCCCAGGCACGGAUUCUCUACUCGGACCAGAAGGGCCGCGUGGCCAUCGCUGUGGCCAUUAAUCAGGCCAUCGCCAGCGGGAAGGUCAAGGCACCCGUGGUUCUGAGCCGUGACCACCACGACGUCAGUGGCACUGACAGCCCGUUUAGGGAGACCUCCAACAUUUAUGAUGGCUCUGCCUUCUGUGCAGACAUGGCCGUGCAGAAUUUCGUAGGAGACGCCUGUCGUGGAGCUACCUGGGUCGCGCUUCACAACGGAGGGGGCGUGGGCUGGUCAGCGUCUAGGGUCUUCCUGUGUCCUCUGAGAGCCUCGCUUGAAAGCAUGAUAUACCCAAAGCCAGACGUGGUGGUGCACACGUCUGUCAUCUCAGCAGCUUGGGAGGCUGAGGGGAGAGGUGAUCAAUGGGGGCUUCGGCCUUGUGCUGGAUGGGACCCCAGAGGCCGAGCAGAAAGCAAGAGCGAUGCUCAGCUGGGACGUCUCCAAUGGCGUGGCCCGGCGCUGCUGGUCGGGGAACCCAAAGGCCUAUGAGAUCAUCUGCCAGACGGUGCGGGAGAACGAUGGCUUGGAGGUGACGCUGCCCCAUCCGGUGGCAGAUGAGGGCACCCUGCAGCAGGCCCUGCGGCCCUGAGAGGGCGACACCCCAGCACCCCUUCCUCGGCCUGUCCCCACCCUCCCAGCCCCAGCGCCGGGUCUCCCCCUGCAUAUGUCCCCUCUGGGCCACAGGCUUGUGUCACCCUCUAGUGUCCUGGACUGGGGGACCAUGACCACUUCAUCACACAGACGAACCCGUCCAGGCCCAGAGAGGUGAAGCCAUUUGGCCAUGACCACACAGCUUGGCUGGGAGCCCAGGGAGGACAGGGUUACGGAAUGGACACCAGCGUGGGGCGUCCCCAACCGUGAACCCUGGCCAAACUGGUCACCAACCAGCUCCUUCGAACGCCCCUGGAGGUUUCUCUGGCUGAUUGUGUCAUCUGAUCUGCCACCACCCAUUUUUCUCCUUCUGUCUGUCUGUCCGGCCCUCAGUGCCCCAGGCUUGGGGACACACAGGUGGAGCCUCGGGAGAAGGACAGUAAAUAAAGGAAAAGACAGAGAA